AUGCUUGGUAUUGACGCAGAAUGUCUCCAGGAACGAAUGCAGAGACAACAAAUGCAAACGGAUGCAAUUAACGAUUACGUUGAAGGCUUCAGUGAAGAUCUUUUACGGCAGGAUAGUUGGGAAAAAUUUAAUGCAGCUGAAGUGGCUGAAACAUCAUUACAGAUGCCAAUGAAUGCUGAUGCUGAUGACGGAGAAACGCAACGUUUUCGAACAUUUCUAUCCAUUGCAACGAAUUUUUCUUCGUUACCGUUAGCGGCUAAACUAAAUAAAGUUCCCGAAUUGGUCGAAAGCAUAAAAACACUCUUGGAAAGUAUGAUAAAAGAAGUUCAACAGUACAGUGAUAUAGCUAAUGAACUUCGUGAUCUGAUUCAUUGUUUUAUCCGAAUGGUUAUGCAAGUCAAACAUAAUGUAAACAUGAUACUUCCUUUGCUCUCAGCUGCGAGAAAGCAACUGUCUGUUGUUGAAGACGUAAUGAACACUGAUCCGAGUCAAAUACUAAACGAAACGGAUAAAAACGAUAUUAAACUUGCACUAGAUCGAAUGUCGAACGGAAUUGAGAACCUACUCGAAUUAGCUAAAUCAUCCAAAGCUGAAAGUCAAAAAUUGGACGAACGAAUACACACAAUGACCAAUUCAGUUCAAUCGAGGAAAUUCGUUGUCCAAGGACGACUAGAUAUAGCUGAAUUCUGUUUCAAAAAUGCUAAACCAGCAGGUGCUGUCUCAGGAGCACUUGCAGCUGGAGGUUUGCUUGUAUCGGAAGCAAGGCGUGGUUUUGGGGCGUUAAUAGUGGCCGGAACAGCUUCUCCUCCAGUAGCUGCGAUCAUUAGUGCAUCUGCAUUAGGUGGAAUUGGGGCUGCCACUGUUGUAACUCUAGUGAAAACAUUAUGGGCUAGACAUCAGCACAAUGCAUUGAUGUACUUGGGAAAGAUAUUCGAAAGUCUCGUUCAGCUCAACGCAGCGAAUACGUAUUUUAUCGGUUAUAUGACAGAUGCCGAAGAAAAAGCUAUUGCCGUGUCUCAGCAUCUGCAAGAUAUUCAGUUGUGUCUGGAGAGUGAACGACAACGUCGAAUCAAUCGAGAUGUUUGCACUCGAGCGAUUGAAUCCACCACGACGAUGAUCAACAGUCUUAAAGAAAUAUCCACUAUUGAUAUAUCAGAAUGGACUGGCACGACAAAUGUCAUAAGUCUCUCAGCCGCCAAUGAGACACAACUGUCUAUUACAAACUAA